CUGGCCCACUCAGGAAACAGACUUGCACAGCGGCGUUUGUAGUCCUAACCGGUUUUAGUGUUUCAUUACGACAGACCAAGUGGCCGAUUCUUGAUUUGUGACUCUUUGUGCAUUUAUGGGGUUUCUCUGGUAUCCUGGUUGGUCUGGAAAUGCCGAUAUCCAUGGAGGGUUGUUUAUGCAUUGUCUUGUAGUCAGCUGGUAGAAGUCGAUCGCCUUCACCGCAGCUUGACAACGGUUGGCAUAUGCUCUGUACAAGAGGUGCAUUUUAAACCUUCUGAACUUGAACGAGCGUUAUCUUAUGGCUUAAAAAGAUCAGUCUCACCCUUGACCUCUCCCGGUCCCUCCAAACCCCUCUCACCCAUCCUCACACUACCCAUCAACCCCUGGGCAGAGCUUCAGGAUCUGUUUGCCCACAGCCUGCCUUGUCCCUGCCCUCAUCCAGACGUAACUGCCCCUCACUGUGUCACUUCCACAGCUGUAGCCCUCUCCAUCUGCCCCUGCCUACGCUCCCUCGUCCCCUCCUUACCAUCAUACUCCACCAGAGCCCUAGACUUCCUGGUCACCCCCCCACCUUCCUGCGCUUCUUCCUGUGGCUCAGCCAGCAUCCCUCUUUUCACUCCUUACACCCUGCACCCACUCCCAACGAGUGUGUGUGUGUGCGUGCGUGUGUGCGUGUGUGUGUGUGCCUGCGUGCGUGUGAGUGUGUGUGUGUGUGUGAGGGCGAUGCUGUGUGUGGCACGCAGGAACAUGUCCCAGAAGUUGAGUGUAUUCCUGGUGCUGGUUGGCCUAUGCUGGGGGAUGCUACUACUGCACUACACACUGUCUCGCCCACGCCACCAGAGCAGUGCUCAGCUGCGCCAGCAGAUCCUGGACCUGAGCCGGCGCUACGUCAAAGCCCUCAGCGAGGAGAGUCAGGACCCCUCUGGCCCCCAAGGGACCUCCAUGGCUGGAUACGCCGAUCUGAAGCGCACUAUCGCUGUGCUGCUGGACGACAUCCUGACCCGUCUGGUGAAGCUGGAGGGCCUGGUGGACACUGCGGUGAACGCCUCAGCUGUUAAUGCCUCACACACAGCAGGCGGUGGUCUUUUACCCCCAGUGGCAACUUUACAGAGACUCCUCAAAAAGGACAUGUCAAUCAACCAGCCUCAAGUCGCUGGACACACCAAAACAGAAGCAGCUGCUGCGAAGCACCAAUCACACACUCCACACCGACUACGCACAAGAAGUUGAGACUGAGCUGAAAUAUAUAUAUAUAUAUAUAUAUAUAUAUGUAUAUAUAUGUAUAUAUAUAUAUUAUACGUGUCUGUGUGUGUGUGUGUGUAUUUGUGUGUGUGUGUGUGUGUGUGUGUGUGUGUGUGUGUGUGUGUGUGUGUGUGUGUGUGUGUGUGUGUGUGUGUGUGUGUGUGUGUGUGUGUGUGUGUGUGUGUGUGUGUGUGUGUGUGUGUGUGUGUGUGUGUGUGUGUGUGUGUGUGUGUCCGCGCGCGCACGCGCAGAGGUGCGAGGUCAAUGAGUUAUAAAUACUGCUUUUAAGACUGAUAUAUAUUAUUAUAUAUUUUUAGAUGGACUUAAUGGCAGCAUUCGAAGUUUACUUAGCUUGAAAUUCAGCCUUUUAUAUGAUUACUGUCAUGGGUUGCAGCUGUGGUCAAGCACAGUACUCAGAAAUUGAGGAAGAGACCCAGUGCUGGUUUUUGAUGAUAAAUGUAUUUUACAGUGCGUUCGGAAUUACAUUUGCUAAUACCUCUGUUAUCAUCAUAAAACAUUGUUUGUUUUGACAUUUUGCAAGCAAAUGCAAGUUUGCAAAUACUUUUUUACUACUGCAUGGUAUGCCAGUAAAGAUUGAUUGUAGGGCUUACGUGGGACGACAUGAAAAUCCAAAGAUGGAUGAUGUUUUACACUGCGUAGAUGCAUGGCUGACUGAAAUUAAUGAAUGAAGAGAAUGAAUGAAUGUAGUUACAUUAAGGGGGAAAUGAAUGUACCCUUGUAAGGAUUUUUUUUUUUUUUUUAAGUUCUGUUUCACACAAGGGUAGACAAUGUUCAGUCUGCUCCUUCGAUAGGAAAUGUUGGUGAACAAGUUAAAGAUAUCACCAUUACUUUCAAAAUGGAUGCACACACCCUUAGAGGAAAGGAAACAGUAGGCCUAUUGCUAUCCUGUGGACAUCAUUGCAGAAAUGUGUGGUCUACCAUACCACAAGGUGAUCCACACUGUUACUUUCAUCAGCAUGUUUUGCCUUCAGUAAAAUUAGACUUCACCUCACGCUCUUAACAAAUGCUGAAGCUCAAUUCACCCACCCCGUUAGCUCUCAGAAAUUCCAAAAAAAGUUUAAGUGCCACUGAAAAAUGCCUUUAGGGCGCAUGAAUGGAUCAGAAUGUUUACCAGGUUCUCUGUAAGCGCAAACAUUGAUGACUGGGCAAUAAAUAUUCUAGUUAAACACA